AUGGAGGUCAUGAGUGCAGAUCACCUGAGCACUCCAUACGACUACCUCUUCAAGCUCUUGCUUAUUGGAGAUUCUGGUGUUGGAAAGUCUUGUCUGCUGCUUCGAUUUGCCGAUGAUACCUACACAGAAAGCUACAUCUCCACCAUCGGUGUGGACUUUAAAAUCCGCACUAUUGAGCUGGAUGGCAAGACCGUGAAACUUCAAAUUUGGGACACUGCAGGCCAGGAACGUUUCCGUACCAUAACAUCAUCCUACUACCGUGGAGCUCAUGGUAUCUGCGUUGUGUAUGAUGUGACCGACAUGGACUCAUUCAACAAUGUCAAGCAGUGGCUCCAAGAAAUUGACCGCUAUGCAACUGAGGGUGUGAACAAACUGCUUGUUGGCAACAAGAGCGAUAUGGAGGACAAGAAAGUUGUGGAAUACACCGUGGCAAAGGAAUUUGCUGAUAGCCUCGGAAUCCCCUUCCUUGAAACCUCCGCCAAGAACGCCUCUAAUGUUGAGCAGGCUUUCUUGACCAUGGCAAGACAGAUCAAAGAGCGUAUGGGAACCGCAACAGUCAACAACAAGCCGACUGUGCAGGUCGGUCAGGGCCAGGGCGUUCAAUCUGGAUCCGCAGGCGGUUGCUGCUAG